CUGCACAUUGAGUCUGUGAAGCUCUAGAAUUAUGAGUGUUGGUCUUGCUCUAUCUCUCGCGCGCGCAUAAACACACACACACACACACACACACGUGCGCUUGCGCGGACUUUUGCAGGGAAGCGCAGUGUCCAGACACAAGGUUCAGUCUGUACCGUUACUAUGGCUGGGGAAGGACAUUUGUGAAUAGGGUUAAACAGGCGACGUUUUACACCGGAAAGGUGUUUCAUCACCCUGCAGUUAAAUUUGUAGGAAUACGGUUAAAGUAUACAUGCGAUUUAUUUCUACUUAGGACGUUUUAUUUUUUUCUAUCUGGAUUUUGGAUUUUUUCCCCCCCAGAUAUCUUCAAAGAUGCUCCUUUCCAAAUUUGGAUCUUUUUCCCACAUUUGCGGCACGACUAACAUUGACCACUUACCAGUGAAAAUUCAACUCCAGUCAGCAAAAGUGGAAAAGGAGCAGUUUGAUAAAGUGUACCAUGUGGGCUCGGUGCUGGGAAGCGGAGGAUUUGGGACCGUGUACGCCGGCAGUCGCAUUUCAGACGGUUUGCCGGUCGCUGUUAAACACGUGGCCAGGGAAAGAAUUACCGAAUGGGGCACAGUUAACGGUUCGCUGGUCCCGCUGGAGAUUCUCCUGAUGAAGAAAGUGGGAAAUACAUUUCAGGGUGUUAUUAAACUGCUCGAUUGGUACGAAAGGCCUGAUGGGUUUUUGAUCAUCAUGGAGCGACCGGAGAUGGUUAAGGAUUUAUUUGACUACAUCACUGAAAAGGGCGCGCUGGAUGAGGACACGGCCAGGGGAUUUUUCCGUCAAGUCCUGGAGGCUGUGCGACAUUGUUACAGCUGCGGUGUCAUCCACCGGGACAUUAAAGACGAAAACCUGCUGGUGGAUUUACGCACAGGAGAGCUUAAACUCAUCGACUUUGGCUCAGGGGCCGUUCUCAAGGAUACAGUGUACACAGACUUUGAUGGUACAAGAGUCUACAGCCCACCAGAAUGGAUUCGCUACCACAGGUACCAUGGGCGCUCUGCAACAGUGUGGUCACUUGGUGUGCUGCUGUAUGAUCUGGUAUGUGGAGAUAUACCGUUUGAGCAUGAUGAUGAGAUUCUGAAAGGUCAUCUUUUCUUCAGAAGGACAGUCUCCCCUGAGUGUCAGCAGCUUGUCAAGUGGUGUCUCUGCUCGAGACCAUCAGACAGACCUACGCUGGAACAAAUAUUUGAGCAUAAGUGGAUGCAUGCAGAGAAAGACUCAAAACCUCUGACCAGAGACAUCACUCUUCAUGCAAUCUGCACAGACUCCUCAUCCAGCACAAGUUCAAGCAAAGAAAGCCUCUGACAGCAACAACAAAAAAUACUGGCUGAUCAUUUCUCACGCAAAAUUGUUUGGAGUUUAAAUUAUUUCUCAGCCUUUUUAUUUUUGUUUAAAUGAAUAUUUUUUUAACACACAUGGGAAGUGCAAAUGCAGUAAUGCUAGCAAACCUAUGGCCAUACUCUGCUCUUAUAGAGCUUAUUAUUUUUAUUAUUUAGGUUUAACUGUUUCUUACUAGUGCCUUUUUCUUCUUUAGAAAGCUGCUUGGUUGGAGAGUAAAAACUUUUUUUUUGCUCCCUCGCCCCCUUGUGGUGGACUCUCUCUCUCUCUCUCUCCCCCCUCACCUCACCUCUUCCCACACACAUAACCUUUUCUGCUGCUCCACUACUCCAUCUCAGCUGUUACCACAUAUUGGGUUUAGGAUGGUAGAUACUUUAGUGAUUUGCACAAUCAAUGCAAUAUUAAUAGAGUUUAAGUUUUGAAUACAAGUAUUUGUGUUUAUUUAUAUUCAAUCCAGUAUGUUAUUUAUUCAUACAAAGCAAACAAUCCACAAUUCUGUGGCUAUUUAUUUAUUUAUUCAUUCAUUUUCUACCAUCUGCAACAAGGAAAUAAUGCUAGAUUUGAUACCUUUGCCUUAUCCUGUAGUUUAAAUAUAAAUACCUGCAAAUACACAAUACUUGUCUUAUACUGAUGCACGUUUAAGUGAUUGCAUUCUAAUGUAUCUUGACUCUAGAAGCCGCCAUCUGUUAUCCAUGCUAAACGAAAGUAACAUUCGCGUUCAUACUGUGACUGUGGAUUUCUCCCUUUCUGCAUUGAUAAAUGAUGCAGGUUUUAUUUUUUUAUAACAAUAAACACUUUAAUCUUAA